AAAUAUAUAUAAUCAGAGCCAAACAAUAAAAACAAACUUCAAAAAAAGUAACCUAAAGAAAAGGUCGAUUCUCUCCGCCUCACACGACGGGCAAUCUCACUUCUUCGUGCCGUCGCGCUAAAUCCCACCGCCGAUCGAUCAUGGCUACCUCAAACUCUCCUUCCAUCGGGUUCGAUUUCUCAUCCGCUGAUUCGCCUCUUCCCAAGCUUUCUCUCUCUCCCGAUCAGCUCAGCUACUGCCACCAAGCUCUCAAGAUUUUCCGCGAGAAGAUCUCAGAUCCUGACUCCAUCGCUCGAGAGUUCGCGAAUCUGCAGGCUAAUAGGAUGCUAGCAUCGGAUAUGCUACGAAGCAGUACGGUGGCUAUCAACAGUGUCAAUUUCGAGAAGAACAGAUACACUGACGUUGUUCCAUUUGACAAUAACAGAGUUGUUCUGAAUCCGUGCAAAGAUUCUCGAUCGUCUGCAGAUGGAUAUGUGAAUGCAAGCUUGAUUAAGACGUCUUCUUCGUCCUCUGAGAGUGUUUCUGAGUUCAUUGCUACGCAAGGUCCUCUACCACACACGAUUGAGGACUUCUGGGAGAUGGUGAUUCAGCAGCACUGUCCCGUCAUAGUGAUGCUCACUCGCUUGGUUGAUAACUACAAGACUGUGAAAUGUGGUGACUACUUUCCAGCCGAAGAUAAACCCAGAGAAUUUGGCAACAUAUCUGUUAAGACCAAAUGGGUAAAGACUACUGAUACUUCACUAUUGUUGCGGAAUCUCGAGGUUAGCCACAAGGAGACGGAGGAUCAGCAGCCCAUGUCCGUUUUGCACAUUCAGUAUGCGGAAUGGCCUGAUCAUGGAGUUCCAAAGGAUACCGUGGCUGCCCGUGAAAUUCUUAAAAGACUGUAUCAAGUACCACCUAGUCUCGGUCCAAUCAUUGUUCACUGCAGUGCAGGGAUAGGAAGAACCGGAACAUACUGUGCGAUACACAACACAAUCCAGAGGAUUCUUGUUGGGGAUAUGUCUGCGUUGGAUCUUGCUAAAACCGUGACAAUGUUCCGCAGGCAACGCAUUGGCAUGGUUCAAACCAUGGAUCAAUACUUCUUUUGCUACAACGCCAUUGUCGAUGAACUAGGAGAUUUGACCGCGGGGACAAAUGGUGGAACGAGUUCAUAAAGGCUGAAUGCUACAUUGUCGGUUUGGUCUUCUUAUGCAUUAAGUAAAAGACGGGAGAAUUCUUUAACGCACGUAAGCUGGUUAUGGAGAAACCAGUGUGGUUUUAUAUCUAGUGAAAACGAGUCUUAUCAAAACUUUUCCAUUUCUGUAAAAUUUGCAUAUGGUGAUUAAUUUUCGUGACUACUGCUUUGAAAAUGCGUGGUAACGAAGCAAAUGAAUUUGCCUAUUCUAGAUUGUUAAAAAUGA